AUGGCCGUUCUGUUCCAAGUAUCUAGGGGUUUCUUUCUGAAUAAAUUAACAAAAACUGCUAAAGUCUCAGUCGCCUACCUUACCACAAGAAUCCUGAACCCAGAGGACGUCUCUCUCUUCGUCCGUCUUCCGGAAACCCCGGUUGUAGAUCAUGCGGUAGGCAUGUAA